GCGCCUUCGUCAUUUUAAAUCACUUAAUAUGCAGGGGAUGGCAUUCAAUCGUAGAUACAAAAAAAGAUACACAAACAAUCCAAUCCAGCCACUAGAAUGAAAUUAUUUCGGGGGAGAGCGUUGUCAACCGUUAAGAGCCGCAGAGGGUGGCGGCUUCCAGCACCCACCUCUCGUCUAAUCUUUUAAUGAGCUGGCUUCGCUGAAUGAUUGUGUCAAACAAAAACAAAAUGAUUGUUCAAUGUUUUUCUUGAGCUGCCAGAGCUGGGCGUGAACAGCCGCUUUCAGCAAUGUGGUAUCCGCAGUUCUCGUCGGGCACUUCUGGCGUGCGGUCGCAAAAGAGAAAACACUUUCCUAACAUUCCCCCAAGAAUUUCCUGGUAAAAUAAAGACAAGUCAACGUGUCCGGUGUCGAGUCAAUAUUUGGUUAGUGAGCUCAUUAGCUGGCCAGGACUAAAGCGACCUUUGACACUAUGAAACGAUUGCUGUUUCUGCUACUUCACCUGAUUUCACAUCCGCUGAUUCAGUCGGAACCCGCGCUAAGCUAUGAGCAAGCACGUCAGGCAGUUCUUACGGCCGAGGAGGAGCUCAUGACCGGUGGACACACAUACCUGAGCACGCAAGAGGCCAAGGUAGACGACAUCUUUAUGGAAUAUAAGUUCGGAGAGCUUUCCCAAGGCUUCCGGAAUGCCGAGCAAAAUGCCGCCGCUCUGCACUUCUUCAAGGCCAAGCCGCUGAUCGAUCGGAGUGUUGUCUUUAACUUCCUGCAGAAGAUGCCCAAAGGAGCGGUGCUGCAUCUGCACAAUACCGCCUCCGUAAGCUCCAAGUGGGUGGUCCAGGAUAUAUCCUAUAUGUCCGGUAUGUUGCGAUGCACCACGGCCACGGGUCGCAGUGUCCUUACCUUCCGUCGUUUGCCCAAGGAGCACAAGUGUCAGUCGCAGUAUGUCCUAGUGGCCGACGAGAGGCAAAAUUCUGUCGACAGGCAGGUUUACGAUAAUAAUUUCGAGAGACUGAUCAAUUUGUAUACCCCAGUUCCGGAACUGGAAUAUCCCACCAUUACCCAUGUUUGGGAUCGCUUUCAGGACAUGUUUGAUGUUCUUGGGGAUGCUCUUAGCUACUUGCCUGCCUUUCGAGCCUAUCACUGGCAGAUGCUCGAGGAGCUCUAUAACGACAAUUUGAUGUACGCGGAGAUCCGCACCAGCUGUAAAAAGCUUUAUGAUGCCAGUGGACGAACCUUUCCCCGCGAACGAACCAUCCGGGAGCUGUAUGCCUUAAACAACAAGUUCACCCAGUUACAUCCGGAUUUCCUAGGCAUGAAAAUCAUCUUCGCCGUCUAUCGGGGCUACGAAGUGGAUCAGCUUCGGGAGACCAUAGCGGAAUUUAAGCAACUCCACGAAAUGUACCCGAACUUUGUGGUUGGAUUUGAUUUGGUGGGUCAGGAGGACAAGGGUAAACCACUGUAUACUCUGUUGCCAGCCUUGAGGGAUUUGCCGUCCACAGCUCGCCUAUUUCUGCACGGCGGAGAGACAAAUUGGUUUGGUUCCUCCACGGACAUUAAUCUCCUGGACGCUCUACUGCUCAACACCACACGCAUUGGCCAUGGUUAUGCUCUUGCCAAACAUCCCAUUCUACUGAACGCCGUCAAGACCCGGCAUAUUGCCGUGGAGGUGAGUCCCAUCUCAAAUCAGGUGCUACAUCUGGUUUGGGACAUGCGUAACCAUCCGGGGGCCCAGUACUUGGCACUGGAUGUACCUGUGGUAAUUUGCAGCGAUGAUCCUGGGUUUUGGAAUGCCAAGGGGCUCAGCUAUGACUUUUACUAUGCCAUUAUGAGUCUGGCUCCCAACAAUGGCGGUCUGCGGAUUCUCAAGACUCUUGUUUGGAACUCGUUGAAGUACUCUUCACUGUCGGAGGAGGAGAAGUCGCGGGCAUUUAAAAUACUGGAACUAAGCUGGACACGAUUUAUAGAGAAGGUUCUGCAGGGCAGCGUCUUCUGAAUAAAAAGUCCUGGUGAUUUAAAA